AUGGAUCCACAGGCACUUUGGGGAUGCUUGUGCCUGCUUUGCUUUUCCCUCCUGAGAGCAGCAAAAGGGAAUCUGCUGCCAUCUUUCCAUCCCAGGAGCCUGUAUCAGUACCAGUACUCCCUGGCUGUCCAGCUGCAGCACACCUCCACACCAUCCCCAUGGGGAGCCCAGCUGCAGGCUGAGGCACUGAUCCGUCUGCAGCAGCUCUGGAGGGACCCAGAUGGGGAGGAGCUGCUCCAGCUGCAGAUCCAUGACCUGAAGGCCCAACACCAGCCAGAGGAGCAGAGGAGCCAGGACAGCACUGGAGGCUCCCCUGUAGAGAUUGCACUGAGCCCAGAGGCACAGGCAGAGCUCCAGCAGCCAGUGUUCAUCUCCUGGAGCAGUGGCAAGGUCAAAGCUUUCUAUGGGAAUGAAGCAGAAAACAUCCUGAUCUCCAACCUGAAACGAGGCAUCACCAGUCUGUUCCAGCUUCAGCCCCAUGCCGGCACCACAGUGGAGGAAGAUGCCUCUGGAAGCUGCCAGGUCACCUACACCGUGUCCAACCAUUCCAUCACCAAGACCAAAGAUCUCCUCAGCUGCUCGAAGCCAAAGUCUGGAUUCACCUCCAUGAACAAAAUUUUUGGAGUGGAGUGGCAGCCCUCCAGCAGAAGCCAGUACGUGGUGAGGGACAGCCUGCUGCAGUCAGUCCUGGCAGAGGAAAGCCACGUGGUGGCUCCAGCCCUGAGAUCCCGCUCUGGCAUCAAAAUCAGCGCAAGGCAGCAGCUCCAGCUGGUGUCUCCUGCAGUGCCUGGGCUGGCAGAGGUGUCUGGACAGAGCCUUGAGGAUGUGCUGGCUGGCACGGGGGCACGGCCCCAGCCCCUGGGCAUGGCCAGCCUGCCCUUCAGGAGGGUCUGCACACACUGCCCGUCGCUGAGAGCCUUCCUGAAGGGUUUUGACAGGCAGAGAGUCAGAACAGACACCUCGAGGGUGGCGACAGCCUGGCAGUUCCAGAGGCUCAUCCAGAUGCUGCGCAGUGCCAAGAAGAGGGAUGUGCUGCAGCUGCUGAGGAGAGCCCCCGAGGAGGCACGCCCCUUCCUGGUGGAGGCAGCAGUGGCCACACAGUCGGUGGCUUCCUUGGCAGCGCUCUCAGAGUUCCUGGAUUUCAGCCAGGAGCCCAAAUCCCUCCUGGAGAAGUUUCUCUACGCAGCAGCUUUCUCUCCCCGGCCUUCAGGAGAGCUUCUCCAGCUCGUCCUGGACAAGCUGGAUGGGAGGCAGCUGGCACCUGAGAUCUGGGAGACAGGAAUAGUUGCUGUGGGCGCUCUGGUGGGCAAGCUGUGCCAGCAGAAGCUCUGUGGGCUGCAGGUGGUGGAGCGUGGGGUGGAAACCAUCCUCAGGGGGCUCAGAGGUGCCCAGGAGGAGCCCAGGGUGGUCAUUUCCCUGCUGGCCCUGGGCAAUGCAAGGCUCCCUGAGACCAUCCCCACCCUCCUGGAGCACGCUGAGGGCGGUCCCACGGCUGUCACCACCGCUGCCACCUCUGCCCUGCAGCGAUUCCCCGCUCCCCACAUCUCCAGCAAGGUGAAGCAAGUGAUGAGGAGGAUUUUCCACCAGAAGAGGAAGAGUUAUGACAAAACCUGUCGCCUGGCAGCUGCAGAAAUCCUCCUGGAUAACCACCCCCUGCCCAUGGAUGUCAUCAACAUCCUGCUGGCCACCACUGAGAUGGAGACAGAGGUGGCCACGUUCCUGCUGCUGAAGGUGCAGAACUGCCUGCGUGACCACCACCACCUGGCAAGGAAGAUACUGAAAGACAUCAUGGCAGACCCACGGAUCAACAAUUACAACUUCUUCUCCAAAGUUGGCAUCUCCUCCUCUUUCUCAGGGCCUCUGGCAGUCACCCAGGACCUGACCUCCACUUUUGGGCUGGACCUGCUGUUUGCGGAGGGUGGAUUCCUGAGGAAGAGCGUCUCCGACUUCUCCCUGCUCAGCCACGGCCAGCGGCUCCGUGCAGCUCAGGUGACCUUUGAAGCACAAGGGAUGGAGUCGAUGAUGGGAGAAAACCUCUCGGAAGGAGAAGAGGAGCCAGAGCUCAUGGCUGGGAUGGCAGCCACCUUCUUUGAUGUCCAGCUGCGGCCAAUUGUCUUCUUCCAGGGAUACACAGACCUGAUGGGCAAGGUCCUGCUGAGCAGUGCAGAGCCCACCAGUGUGGUCAGGGGCAACCUCCUGCUGAUGGACCAUCACCAGGUCAUUCCUCUGCAGUCGGGCCUCCAAGUGACCGUCAGACUCCAGGGUGGGCUGGGGCUGGACAUCUCAGCUGACAUGGACGUGAGCAUUUGGGAGCAGGAGCUGAAAACCAGCGUCAAUGCCAGGGGAAGCCUUGCCAUGGAUUUCCAGGCAGAACUGGAUUCCCCUUUGCUCCAAGCCACCCUGAGGAGCCAGACAGAGGUGGAGACCUCCAUCCACUUUGAUACCAAGCUGAGGUUUUCCAGCAGCCCCGUGCUCAUGUGCCUGCAGCUGAGAGAGGAGCAGGUCCCAUACAGGGAAGUGCUCUCAGUGUCCCAGUCUGCCGGGAGCCGGAGCAGCACCGCUCGGAGGGGCCGGCGUGGCGCCGUGCCCGGGAGGGAAUUUGCCCUGCACCAAAGCAACUCCAGGGUCUGCAACCUCCUGCUGGCUGCAGAAAAGGAAUAGGGAGCCAGAGCACCUCGGGGUUCUCCUCCACAACCACCUUUGAAUGAGGAGAAUGCUGCAAUAAGGACGCCAGAAGGAUGAUGAGGAAGGACAAGAGGAGCUGCUGAAGAACAGACACACCCCGUGCCCGCAAACCUGCCCGCACACCCCAAAGGCUCAGAUUUCCCUCUCCUGGACUCUUCCCUUUCAUGGGGCAGGGCUUUGCUGGAAGCCAAGCUUUUCCUCAUGAAAAACAGCCUUGUUUGCAAGUGGAUGAGUUCCUGAGAGCCCAAGAAACCCUCCUGGAGGACUGCAUCCCAAAAUGCUGAGUUUUCUGCCUGUUUACCAAAGCUGUCAGGAGGGGACACAUUUGCAGCCAGCUGGAAGUCCCCAGUGGAGGGAAUAAAUGACCUUCCUUGCCCAAGCUGAAGUGUUGUCAUCCACCCCACCCAACACCUCCAGGAUCAGAGGGCUGGUGAGGAAAAAGCAGCAUUUCUCCAUUCCUUCCAGAUAAUAAUGUGCGUUGAAAGUCCUUUUUAGCUCUUUUAUUGUGGUGUGUGUGCUACAAAACAAGCUUUUUAGGAAAGAAAAGAGGGAUAUGGAGUAUAUAUUCUUUUGUUAAUUAUGAGCCUGAAAUGUUAGCACUGAGUCUCCGGGUUCAGGGAGGAGACUUGCCUGGUUUUCCAUCUGGAGACACCAAUUACAAGUGCUUUGGUUAUGUACAGAAAUAAAUGCUCUGUAUUUUCA